UUCCGAUGGUCUCUUCCGUGCCUGUGACCGUCCACCUGCUGGCCGUGCUGUUCCAGACGCGACACAGCGGCGCCGCAGCCCAGAUGACGGACGAGUCUAGCGUUCGGGUCGCCCUCAGGGUGCGUCCCCUGAUUUCACGUGAGGUGAUCGACAUGUGCCGGGUGUGUACCUCGGUGACGCCGGGCGAGCCACAAGUCUGGCUCGGCUCCGACAAGGCCUUCACAUACGACUACGUGUUCGACAUGGACUCGGAGCAGCAGGACGUCUACAGCCAGUGCACCGAGCAGCUGAUCGAGGGCUGCUUCGAGGGCUACAACGCCACCAUCCUGGCCUAUGGACAGACGGGCUCCGGCAAGACCUACACGAUGGGCACGGGCUUUGAGGUGGAAGCGGGUCCGGAGGUGGCCGGCAUCGUGCCGCGCGCCGUGGACCACCUGUUCACGGGCGUGCGCCAGCGGCAGGAGGCGGCCCGCCAGAGCGGUCAGCCGCCGCCAGACUUCACCGUCAGCGCCCAGUUCAUGGAGCUCUACAACGAGGAGGUCAUCGACCUGCUCGACCAGUCCGGCACCAACAGGGGCCGCAAGUCCAACAUCAAGAUCCACGAGGACGCCGGCGGCGGCAUCUGCACGCUAGGCGUGACGUCACGGGCCGUGACGUCAGCCGAGGCGUGCCUCAAGUGUCUGCGGGUGGGCGCGCUGAGCCGUACCACAGCCAGCACCCAGAUGAACGUCCAAAGCAGCCGCAGCCACGCUAUCUUCACGCUCACCAUCCGACAGCAGCGCGUGGCGCGCGCCGACAGCGGCUUCCUGGAGCCGGAGCCGACCGAGGCCGGCGGCCAGGCUGCCGACGCUCCCAUGGAGUUCGAGACGCUCUCGGCCAAGUUUCACUUCGUCGACUUGGCCGGCUCGGAGCGCUUGAAGCGAACGGGCGCCACCGGUGACCGCGCCAAGGAGGGCAUCUCCAUCAACUGCGGCCUGCUGGCGCUGGGUAACGUGAUCUCGGCGCUGGGCGACGAGUCCCGCAGGGUCUCGCACAUCCCCUACCGCGACUCCAAGCUGACCAGGCUGCUGCAGGACUCGCUCGGAGGUAACAGCCGAACGGUAAUGAUCGCCUGCAUCUCGCCGUCCGACUCGGACUUCAUGGAGACCCUGAACACCCUCAAAUACGCCAACCGGACCCGAAACAUCAAAAACCGCGUCACCAUCAAUCAGGACAAGACGUCGCGCACUAUCGCCCUUCUGCGGCAGGAGAUUCAGCAGCUGCAGCUGGAGCUCAUGGAGUACAGACAGGGGAAGCGGAUGGUGACCGAGGACGGCUCCGAGGCCGUCAACGACAUGUACCACGAGAACAACAUGCUGCAGACGGACAACGCGCACCUGCGCACGCGCAUCAAGGCGCUGCAGGAGACUGUGGAGAGUCUAACGGCCCGCAACACCCAGCUGCUGGCGCAGCGGGCGGCCGGCGAGUGGAUGGGAGCAGACGCGGACAGUGACGUCACUCAGGUGGUGGCACAGUACCUCCGCGAAAUCGAGGAGUUGCGCGCCCGUCUGAUGGAGGCUGAGAACGUGUGCCAACAGCUGCGAAGACAGGCGACCAGCAGAGCGGCGUCCCGGCCGGGUCAGAGUCUCCACCUGCCUGCGUCAGCGCUCCCCGCGCUGCCGCCGACCGACUCGGAGGGCGUGCGCGGCCUGCUGGAGGAGGCGCGCCGCGACGUGGAGCGCGAGCUGGAGGAGCGGCGCGGCCGCCUGCGCCGCUCCAGCAGCGGCGAUGGCCCAACCGACGACCUGCGCAGCGAGAGCAGCCGCAGCGGGGAUGAGAAGGAGUCUGAUAACGAUGAGUCAGACAACGAAGACUCCACUGAUGAGUUGGAAAGUGAAGGAAAAGAGAGCUCCGACUACAACGAGCAGCUGGCCGAGCUGACGUCCGACAUCAGCGUCAAGCAGCGGCUGAUCGACGAGCUGGAGCGCUCUCAGCGGCGCAUGGAGACCAUGCGCCAGCACUACGAGGAGAAGCUGCUGCAGCUGAGCAGCCGGAUCCGGGCUACGGAGCAGGAGCGCGACAAAGUCAUCGCCAACAUCAGCCAGCGCUCCACCACCUCCAAGGACGAGGUGCGCAAGGUCAAGGACGAUUACGAGCGCAAGCUGGCAAACAUGGGCAACGACCUGAAGAAGCUGCAGGCGGCCAAGCGGGAGCAUGCCAAGCUGGUGCGCUCCCAGGGUCAGUACGAGCGGCAGGUGAAGACGCUCAAGACCGAGGUCCUUGACAUGAAGAAAACCAAGGUGAAGCUUAUGCAGAAGAUGAAGGAAGACGCCAACAAGAUGAAGCAGAUGGGUCUGCAGCACCACCGCGCCGUGUCGCAGCUGCGCAAGGAGCACAGGAAGCACGAGAACCAGAUCAAGUCGCUGCAAGCCGAGAAGCGCGUCAAGGACGCCGUGCUGAAGCGGAAGCAGGAGGAGAUCGCGGCCCUGCGCCGGGUGGGGCGCGCUCAGCGGGGUGGCGGCCUCCGGCAGAAAGGUGGUGCAAAGAGGGCGGCCUCUGCCACCGCCUUCAAGAAGAAAUGGCAGGCGCUGGAGAAAUCCAUCACUCAACUGGCCCUCAACAAGCAGACGGUGGCCAGCAUGGAGAGAGAGAUGGAGAGACACCUGAAGGACCGCGACUGUCUGCGCCGUCGUCUGGCGCACGCCGUGCGCCAGCGCGACCGCGGCGCGCUGUCCGGCUGGUCCCCGGCGCGCCUCCAGGAGCUCGACGACACCAUGGACGGCAUCCGCGCCAACAUGGACUAUAUCAACGACAACAUAAACGAGUGCCAAGCCAGCAUCAUGGCCAUGGAGGAGUCGAAGGAGGACCUGCCGGUGCAGGAGCCGUCCCUGCUGAUCCGCGAUCUCCGGCCGGAGGAGAUGGAGUAUCUGCUGGAGAAACUGCUGAUGAUGACGGUGCACCAGAGCUGCGUGGCCGCCCAACACCAGUCCGAGGCGCGCGAGACGCUUGUCAAGAUGGACCAGAUCGUACAGAACAGCAGCGUGCAGCAGCAGCUGCUGCAGCACCUGAUGACCGAGGAGGGCGGCCUGGACCCGGCCGUGCUCUCGCUGAUCGCCGAGGCCGGCGCCGCGCCUGCCGCCGACAGCGACGACUCGGAAUCGGACGGCGAGCCACCGGCGCCGGCGCGCCGCAAGACCACCACCACGCAUGACCUGCUGUUCGCCAACGGCGCGGCGUCGGGCGCCGACCGGGUGCCGAGCAUCGUGCGGGAGGAGUUGGAGCGGGCCGACGCCGACCGGCCCACGUCGCUGGUGCCGCUCUCACGCUCGCUGAGCCACGUCAUCGCGCCCUCCGGCCAGUCCAGGCCGGGAGCCGGCCGGAGUGACCCUCGACCCUCGCCGCUGCCGUCCCGGCGCAGCUCCUACAAGGAGGCUCUCUCACCGCGCUUGGCUCGCCGAAACCAUAACAUUACUAACAACAACCUGCGCACGAUGUCGAGAAGUCUGCAGUUUACCAGCGUGGAGAGCCUGCAGGACGUGACGCCGCCCGGCUCGCCGGCCUCCUACCGGCGCCAGACGUCGCGCGAGGAGAACGUCUUCAGCCGGCUGACGUCGUCGACGGCCGGCCAGCAGGAGGAGCAGCCGGACGCAGGCGUGAUCACGCCGUACCAGGGCCGCGCCGGCCGCGCGCCUCUCAUCUGCACACACGUGGCUGAGGGUCACACCAAGGCUGUGCUCUCUGUGUGCGCCACCAAUGAUCGGCUCUUCUCCGGCUCCAAGGACCGCACGGUGAAGGUGUGGGACCUGGGCACGGGCUGUCAGCUGCAGUCUCUGGCCGGCCACCCCAACAACGUGGUGUGCGUGCGCUACUCGGAGAUGACCCAACUGGUGUUCAGCGUGUCGUCCGCCUUCGUCAAGGUCUGGGACCUGCGCGAGUCGCCGGCCAGAUGCGUCAAGACGCUCAGCUCAUCGGGCCUGACGUCAUCAUCGGUGCCGCUGUCGACGCCAUCGCGGACGCUGCAGGUGCCGCCGGGGGAGACGCAGAUCAAUGAUGUCUGCCUGGGCGGCACGGACCGGGCGCUGUACACGGCCGCGCACAACACGGUCCGCAUCUGGGACCUGCGCAAGUUCCACAGUGUGGGCAAAUUGAGCGGCGGCCACCAGGCGGCCAUCAUGUGUCUGGCGGUGGACCGACGGCGCGGCCACGACCUCGUGCUCACCGGCUCCAAGGACCACUACAUCAAGGGCUUCGAAGUGCCUGACGACACCAACGGCAUCGUGCAACAGUGUCUAAGCCUGGAGCCGCCGCACUACGAUGGCAUCCAGUGCCUGGUGGCCGCCGGCGACACGCUCUUCUCCGGCUCGCGGGACGCCUGCAUCAAGAAAUGGGACUUGCAGCGGCAGACGCUGCUCCAGAGCGUGAGCAACGCGCAUCGGGACUGGAUCUGCGGCCUGAGCCUGGCGCCCGGCGGCCAGGCGCUCCUCUCCGGCUGUCGCAACGGCACCGUCAAGCUCUGGGGCGUGGAGACGUGCCAGAGCCUGGGCGAGUUGCGCGCGCACACCAGCCAGAUCAACGCCAUCACCACCAACCAGACGCACGUCUUCACCGCCUCCAACGACAAUUCGGUCGGUCUCUGGCGCCUGCGCAACAACCUGGACCCGGAGAGUGACGCCACGUGACGCGACCGAGGUCUGCCGAGGUCGCUGGCCACCUGGCGGGAGCCGUCGGGCUGCGCGCCGCCGGCAGCGUGACGUCACGGAGCCGACGGCUGUCUGACGUCCCCAUGAUAGCCCGCCGCCCGCCGCCGCCAGGUGGCCUUCCGAAUAUGUGAUAUGGCGAUGUUGGCGUCGUGCUUCGAUGUGCGAGGUCUGGCAGACCCGCGUCGCAGGGUCCGCGUAACCUAACCGUCGUGGUGUGUUUGUAAACGUGCAGGUCACAGGUCAGGGAGAGCGGGAUUGUUUUGUUGAUGACGGGCCCGCUGAGGAUGUAGUGUUUCAGCCAGAGCCGGUGUCACGCGUCGUCGGCUAGCCUGCGCGAAUGGUUGGUCCAGGGCUCGGCCAAUCAGAGCGCCACGCGCCUGGGGCCGUCUUGUUUCUCACAGGCAGGCAGUAUCAGCGCCCCAGGAUUCACAUUUGCCGUCGCUUGUUUUUUUAACCGUAUUGCAUGGCCAACAUUCCAUUUCGUUCGCCUGGGUGCUCCGCGCGCGACGAGUGUCGUCAUGUGCGGGCUUUUUCCCUGAUGGUGGGAUGACUGCAUAAGUUGGAGCGGAAUGCAGGUGCAGACCACGCGAGGCCAGGUUUUGUGGUAUGGACUGAUCGACUGAUGACGUAGGCAGAACAAUUUUACAAUUACGUCUCGGUGUUUGUGCAUGCGCAGUAACGGACUUACUGUCAAUGUUAAUAGAACAUCACCGUCCAACUGA